GCGCUGUGCGCAUGCGCAGAGGAGGCCCAGUCGGGGCCGCGGAACCCCAGUCGGGAAAACUCUGGUAACGCUGGGACUCGUCCCGCCAGCUUGAGGAAAAGGAGGUCGGGGAGAGGUCACUCUUCCUGUUGAAGCCCGCACAGUGCUCCAGCCAGGUGUGUAAAGUCCGCCAUGCACAGUAACGGAAGAGCCUUCCUGGGAUUGCUUUUACCAUACCUGUCACCUUGCCAAGGCUGGCUGAUGUGCGAGUGUUUCUCAUGUGCUAUCAGAAGCCAAGGUGAAAGGAAAGAAGAAAGCAGCAGAAAUUGAGGCCCCAGAGAAUGCAGUGAGAGCAGAGGCUUUGAAGACCUCAGGGACUUCUGUCAACACGCACAGAAACCUCCUCUACCUUGGUGAUGGCCCAGAGGGACUGUUUUCUUCCUCUUAGUCUGAGUGACUGCCGAGAAGGAAGGCAGUGGUGGACCAACUGGAUCUCCGACUCUCCCGUAGCUUCUGAUCCCAGACCUUAUUAAACCUUUUUCUGGACCCAAAGACAAAGCUCACUUGAACAAAUGAUUUUACAUCAUGAAUGAAAAAUCUUGCUCUUUCCAUAAUGAGAAAGAAGUAAGAGAUGGACAGUCUGCCGGGUGUUCUCCAUCAUAUGACAAGGACAACGGUGUUCUCCCGAAUUUCAGAGGAAUUCCCAUCUCAGAACUGAGGAACCACGGCAUUCUCCAGGCCCUGACAACAGACGCUAACGGAUGGGAGCCAGCUGUCGUGAGUACAGAGGUACUCAGAGCCCAAGAAGAAUGGGAAGCCGUGGACACCAUCCAGCCAGAGACAGGGAGCCGGGCCAGCCCAGACCAGCCUGGGCAGCUGAUCUCCUUCAGCGAGGCCCUGCAGCACUUCCAGACUGCAGACCUCUCUCAUGUCAAGGAAAAGAUCCAGCCAACUGUCCGAAGAACUGGCCUCGCCGCCCUCCGGCACUGCCUCUUCGGGCCUCCAAAGCUCCACCAGGCCCUUCGGGAAGAAAGGGACUUGGUCCUGACCAUCGCUCAGUGUGGCCUGGACAGCCAAGACCCAACACAUGGCCGAGUCCUCCGGACCAUCUACAAGAAGUUGACAGGCUCCAAGUUUGACUGCGCCCUUCAUGGAGACCACUGGGAGGACCUGGGCUUUCAGGGAGCGAACCCAGCCACAGACCUGAGAGGGGCAGGCUUCCUCGCCCUCCUGCAUCUGCUCUACCUGGUGAUGGACCCAAAGACCCUGCUGCUGGCACAGGAGAUUUUCCGCCUGUCUAGACACCAUAUCCAGCAAUUCCCCUUCUGUCUGAUGUCCGUGAACAUCACCCGCAUCGCCAUCCAGGCCCUGAGGGAGGAGUGUCUCUCCAAGGAGUGUAACCGGCAGCAGAAGGUCAUCCCGGUGGUGAACAGCUUCUACGCCGCCACUUUCCUCCGCCUGGCGCACAUCUGGAAGACCCAGCAGAAGACCAUCUCGGACUCAGGCUUCGUGCUCAAAGAUUUGGAAGUGUUGGCCAAGAAGAACCCACGGAAACUGCUCAAGGCCCUGGAGAUGUAUCUGACGGGAGUGUCGAAAGGACAAUCCUCCUUGCUGGGAGCACACAAGAGCUCUGGGCCACAAGCUCCUCGCUCCAAGGAGCUCACCUUCACAGGCGUGUGUGACCCACAGCCGCACUCCUCCGAAGGCACCUGGCUGAUCUGAGCAACCCCGGAUACUGGGAGAGACACGACGGCUGAGCCCGGGGCCAGAGAGCACGGGACGCACCCUGUCAGGAGCACCCUGGCCAGGCCACGCACCUUCCUGUCCCAGGUGGGAGGAAGCCGGGUCCCCUGACCUGCUCUGCACCCACUUCCCGCAGGCCGGCCUGCAGAGCAAGGGCACGUUUGCCGUCUCAGCGGGGCUCUCUUCAGGGAUGGGUUCCAGGUUGUGUCCGAGAAGAGCGGAUCGUGAAGUGGAAGAGCCCUGUGCGGAUAUUCGGCAGGUCCCCACGGAGGAGAUUCCCAAGUAGAGGGCCCCGGAGUUGUAAGUCCGCAGACCACCAGGGCUCGCAGGCCUGAACUUGAAGGGGCAGAUAGCGUCGCGGCCAGCAGGGGGCAGCACGGCUCCGCGCACACUACCGGACCUCAGCGGGCGGGAGGCCUUGCUCCAUCCGCCCCCGCAUUGCCCAGUGCUCUUCCCCGCCUCUCCCGAGGCUGUCCCCACCAUGGGCCGUGACCUGGCAGUGGGCUUCCUCCUACGGGGGCUCUGCGCUGCCCGAGGAUGGAUUUCUGCCCUGUGGGGAACGGGGGGUGGGGUGCGUUGGGGGAGCAUUCCCACACCAGCAGUUUUUGAAUAGAAGAAUUGUUCUAGUUUAA